GAAAAUGGCGUGACACCUGCAGACUUCAGUCUGCUGUGCUGUUCUUUACACUUGAAUGUGCUGUUUGUGGGAUUCAUAAACAUGGAUAACUCACCAUACUACACACCCAGCGGUCCGCAGCAUCAGGCGACCAACCCGCCUAACAUGGAGAGUAAUUUCGGCGGACCUUUUUACCCAAGUCAAUCUCCUGGAUUUCCUCCGGCACCUUAUCAGCCGCCCCGGGCCGUUGUACCAGGUAGUGUUGAUAACUCCUCCGGUCCAAAUUUUUGGCCAGGACUAAAUAUGUAUCCACCUUCUCAACCACCAAAUGCACCCCCGUGGCAGCCUUUCCCACCACUACCCCCGGGGCAAGGCAAUGCGGGAUACGGAUACCCACCGCCUCAGUAUCAACUGCCCCCGGCAUUUGAGGGACAGCCGUGUCCACCGAACCCUCCACCCUUUGAGUUUGAUCCAUCCAGACCACCGCCGGGAUUUUGCGAACCAGAAUCAAACCAAAUAUCGGCGUUCAUUGAGGCACAGCGUAACGCUUGUAAUGCACCACACCAGCCUGAGUUUCAGUCUCACAAUGAUGGGGUUGCGAACCAGUGGGCUCAUGGACCAAGUACCGCAGUACAUCAGAGAAACAGAGACAGUAACAGAUAUGUGGAUAGCAGUAGAGGUUUCACCAGCUCCGAGUUUCAGACUGUUGGGCAACCAAAUCGAAGAGACAACGAAAUGUGCCAGAGAGGUUUCAACGAUGCUUUCAAUGAACCUCGACACCAGCAACGUUAUCAGCCACUCGAACAACACACACCGCUCGACGAAGAGACCAAGCAGAGAAAACAAGAUGAACAAUGGUUACAGAAUUUCGUGUUGAAGAGAAAGAAUAAGACCCUUCCGCAGAAAAGCAGAACUCAAACGACAAGCGUGAAUCAAAUGAGAGAAAAUCUAUAUGGUGCUGUCAAACUCGUGUCAGAAUUGUCUCUCCUCUGCCAGACCUUAAAACUGAAUUUGGAGAACGACGACGUCUGGACAGAGUCGUACAGCAAAGCUGCAGGGUUAAAGGAAAACAUUCAAGAAAAGUUACGUUUCCUGAGUGAUCCAGAGUCCGUGUCGAGUAUCAAAAAGAAGCUGGUGGCUAUACGUAAGAAAAGAAUAAGGACUCGAAGAAAGAAAAUUGAACAAAUUGAGGAAGAACAAAAGCGAGAGGAGAGACUGACGGAACGCCAUGAAGUCAUUGAUAAAUGGAGGAUGAAGCGCAUUCAGAAAGUGGAGGAGAAGAAGAGGGAGGAAGAACUGAAGAAGGCGGCGGACUCUGUGCUGUCUGAGGUGAGGAAGAAGCAGAGUGACGCCAAGAAGAUGCUGGACAUCCUCAAGGCUCUGGAGAAACUUCGAAAGCUCCGCAAGGAAGCAGCUUCCAGGAAAGGUGUGUACCCUGAGAAGGAGAGUGACGACGUGUUCGAGGGUCACCUGCAGCGUCUGCGCGCACUGAUCGCCAAGCGCACGACCGUCUACGACGCCGAGGAGAAGGCGCUUCGCGUCAUGCUGGAGGGAGAGCAGGAGGAGGAGAGGAAGAGAGACCUGGAGAAACGACAGAAGAAAGAACACGAGAAGUUCCUGCAGAAGAAGCAGCAAGCGGAGGGCAUGCUCUUUGGAGAUGAAAUUCCUCCUGAUCAUCCCCUUCACGCCUUCCAGGAUUUCUAUCUGCAGGCGGAGAUCUCUUUACCGGCCCUGGUGCAGAUACGGAGGGAGUGGGACAGGUUCCUGGUCCCAGAGGAGCACCCAGACGGCAGGGCCGUGCCCCAGGGAUGGGUCCUACCCGAGCCCCCGGCUGAUGAGGCCUGGGCCAGCGCUCUGCUGAAGCACAUCUCUCUCUGACCGACCCACCCUCUGAUGCCUCGCCAGCGAGGGCUCUCUACCAUCUCUCCACUCAAGAGCCAGUGCUCUGGUGAAAAACACAUCUCUCUCUGACCUGUCCACUCAGUAAUGCCUCGUCAAUCUCUACCGUCUCUCCACUGAAGAGCCGCUGCUCUGGUGAAAAACACAUCUCUAUCUGACCUGUCCACUCAGUAAUGCCUCGUCAAUCUCUACCGUCUCUCCACUGAAGAGCCGCUGCUCUGGUGAAAAACACAUCUCUCUCUGACCUGUCCACUCAGUAAUGCCUCGCCAAUCUCUACCGUCUCUCCACUGAAGAGCGUCUGCUCUCUCUCUGACUGACUGACUGACUGACUGACUGACUGACUGACUGAUGCCUUCUCGCGGCUAUAUCACUAGUAAGGGGUGUCUACACUCUCUCACACCCUCCCGUGCAAAGGACACCUCUCUCUGAUCUCUGCUCUCUCUCUCGCCCUCCAGUGGAGAGCAUGGGCUUGUUUUCUCUAGCACUGAGAUGUGUGUGAGUCAGUCUCAGACUGGAGCGGUGUCUAGGGAACCAGUAUAACUGAGAUUAGGGACUUGGUGAGCUCUGGGUCCCUGAAACACACACAGACACACACAGACACACAGACACACACACACACACACACACACACACACACGCUCACACAGACACACAGACAGACACACACACACACACACACACACACACACACACACGCACACACACUUGUGUCCUCAUACAGAUAUGUGAGUGGGUGAGUUUGUUUACCAGUUAGCUACUUUAGUCAGAUAGAUUGUGAGUAUUUUGAGAAAGCAAAUCCUGAGAAAGGUAAACAAAAGGUUUAGCAUUGCCUAACAUGAGUUAUACUUGUUUACUAGUUUACCUGGCUGCGAUGCGCCCACCUGUCACCUUGGAGAGGUUGCUACUGGGCACGUGCAGACUAAUCUAGUUUGACCAUUCACCUCAGCGUCUGUCCUGAGGUGAUCCUUCCUCAGAUUCACCGAAAGACCCACAAGCAAACACUGUUAAUUUGCUGUAUUUAUUUUUGAUAUCUGACAAUAUGUGCUUUUGUUUUGUAUAAAUUGUAAUUUUAAUAAAAACACAAGUGGAAAUGUU